CGCGAGUCUCCGUCUGCUGUGGGGUGCAGCGGGGCGCCAGGACAUGGCUUCCAAGCGCAGGAGGGCCGGGAAGAGGCCGGAGAGCCGGCGGCCACUGCUGGUGCUGGUGGCCGCGGCCGCGGUGCACUUGCUCGCCUGUCCCUACACCAAGGUGGAGGAGAGCUUCAACCUGCAGGCGGCUCACGACCUGCUCUACCACCGGCUGGCUGUGGAGCAGUACGACCACCACGACUUUCCCGGCGUGGUGCCGCGCACCUUCCUUGGCCCCUUGCUGCUGGCCGCACUGUCCAGCCCUGUGGUCUGCCUGCUGGCCCUGCUGGAGGUGUCCAAGUUCUACUCACAGCUGGUAGUCCGGGCUGUCCUGGGCCUCGUCGUGCUCCUCGGCCUCUGGGCCUUGCAGCGGGAAGUGAGGCGGCAGUUUGGGGCCACCGUGGCCGCCAUCUUCUGCUGGAUGACAGCUACUCAGUUCCACCUGAUGUUCUACUGCACGCGGACACUCCCCAACGUGCUGGCACUGCCUCUAGUCUUGCUGGCGUUCGUGGCCUGGCUGCAGCACCGCUGGACGCACUUUAUCUGGUUCUCGGCCUUCGCCAUCGUGGUGUUCAGGGCCGAGCUCAGCCUGUUCCUGGGGCUGCUGCUGCUGCUCCCGUUGCUGUCCAGGCGGCUGGCGGUGUCCCAGGCCCUGCGCAGUGCCGUGCCUGCUGGGAUUUGCUCCCUGGCUCUGACUGUCGCUGUGGACUCCUACUUUUGGCGUUACCUUCUGUGGCCGGAAGGGACAGUGUUUUGGUACAACACAGUCCUCAACAAAAGCUCCAACUGGGGUACCUCCCCAGCGCUGUGGUACUUCUACUCGGCUCUGCCUCGGGGCCUGGGCUGCAGCCUGCUCUUUGUGCCGCUGGGCGCUGUGGACCGAAGAAUGUGGCCGCUGCUGCUGGCUGCCCUGGGCUUUGUGGCGCUGUACUCGCUGCUCCCACAUAAGGAGCUGCGCUUCAUCAUCUACAUCUUCCCGGUGCUCAACGUUGUGGCCGCCAGGGGCUGUGCCUAUGUGCUGAAUAACUCUAGGAAGUCGUGGCUGUAUAAAGCCAGUGCCUUGUUCGUGGCCGCACACCUGGCCGUGAACGCCGUCUACUCGGCCACAGCCCUGUACGUGUCUCACUUCAACUACCCUGGCGGCGUGGCCAUGCAGAGGCUGCAUGACCUGGUGCCCCUGCAGACAGAUGUCGUCCUGCACAUCGAUACAGCAGCCGCACAGACGGGCGUGUCACGGUUUCUGGAAGUCAACAGCGGCUGGAGGUACGACAAGAGAGAGGAUGUCCAGCCCGGCGCAGGCCACAUGCUAGGCUACACGCACAUUCUCAUGGAAGCGGCCCCUGCGCACCUAGCCCUGUACCAGGACACUCACCGAGUCCUGGCCAGCAUCUUGGGGACCAGUGGGGUGACCCUGAACCUCACCAAACUGCCUCCCUUCGACAUCAACUUACAGAAGAAGCUGGUGCUUCUUGAAAGGCUCUUCAGGCCUUCCUGAGGGGAGCAGGAGCUCCCCGGGAACUCGGGGUGACCCCAGCGGGGCCCAGCACUGUCUGGCCAUGGUGCUUUAACGGGAAGGAUUAGGGGGGCAAAGGGGUGAGGGAUGCCCCCUGGUGCCCACCUGAGUGGGUAUGCUACAACCCUGGCAGAAGAGCACCCCUGUGGGAGGGGGGUGAGAAUAAACAUCUUCAUGUUUU